ACCAAGUCCUCAAUCUAUACAAGAGUCCCAAGUAUGUUUCCCUCCCAUUCGAUCCCUCUCCUCCUCCUUUCUUUCUUCCUUCUUCUCGGCACAAGCUUCAGCGCCGACCCGCUUUACCACAUCUGCUUCGGCAAAGAUAACUACACUUCCGGCAGCCCUUUCAAAACCAAUCUCGACAGCUUGCUCGGUACCCUCGUUUCCAAGGUCCCUCCUAGCGGGUUCGGAACCGGCUCGAGCGGCAAGGGGAGUGAUCAGGUGUACGGGCUUGCCCUUUGCCGAGGCGAUGUAUCAAGCUCCGACUGCAAAAGUUGCAUCUCCUAUGCAGGCCCGGAGCUGCUGCAGCGGUGCCCUACCCAGAAGGGUGCUAUUAUUUGGUAUGACUAUUGUCUCCUCAAGUAUUCCAACGCGUCAUUCUUUGGCAAGAUCGACAACAAGAACAAGUUCUACUUGCUCAACGUGCAGGAUGUCGACAUGGACUUCAUGGAAUUCUACAGGAAGAUAAAGGAACUGCUGAGCAGCUUGACGGACAAAGCCGUGGCGGGUCCCAAGAAGUACGCGUACGGUGAACUCGGGCUUGGAGGGUUCAAGACCCUGUUCGGCUUGGCUCAGUGCACGAGGGAUCUAUCGGUAGAUGACUGCAAGACGUGCCUCGAGGGCGCAAUAAGUGACCUGCCGAGCUGCUGCUAUGGCAAACGAGGAGGGAGGACCGUUGGUGCUAGUUGCAACGUUAGAUAUGAACUUUACCCUUUCGUCGAUGUUUGAGAUUUGUUUGAAACUCAAUAAUCCCCGCAAAUGGAUGCGCCACGUAUGGUGCAUCAUAGUUUGAAGAAAUCAAAUCCAAUAAUGGAUGAAUCUCACGAGGAUGUUUAGUUUUUUCAGGUUUUAGCUUUAUAUGAAACAAAUUUCCUGUA